AAUCCAUUAGCUCUUCACUACAUCUUACACUUUUGCUUAUUUGUUUUUCUAGGUGAUUGGUCUAAAGGAUUUCGGGGUUUGGCAGCGUUACCUGCUUUCAAGAAAGAGUUCCAAGAUAGUAUUGGGACGGCUAUACAAUAUGCAAAAACGUUGAACUGUGACAAAGUGCACGUAAUGGCUGGAAUACCCACGAAAUCCGAUGAAAAUGUGUCCAAACUCUUCCAAGAUAAUGUAGCCUUUGCUGCAACGAAGCUGGGCGAGGCGAAGCUCAUGUGUCUCAUCGAACCUAUAAACCAAUAUUCUAUACCCGGCUAUUUUCUUUCCAGUUAUGAACAAGCUAAAGCAGUGAUUGAUGCAGUGAAGUUGCCGAAUUUGAAGAUUCAGUAUGAUGUGUUUCACGCCCAACAAAUAUGUGGACAAAUCUCCGCGACUGUCCAAAAAUAUAAAGACGUCAUAGGCUACAUACAAGUAGCCCAAGUGCCUUCUCGUGAUGAACCUAGCACCCCUGGUGAAAUCGACUACAAGUACAUAUUCGACCUCUUGAAAUCAGCAAACCCAGAUUGGACUAUAGGACUUGAACAUAACUUUCAUGAAGCGCAUGGUGCUCCACGGGAUUGGGUUCAAAGUUUAGGUUUAAGUAUGUAAGA